AAGUUACGAACAAAAUGUUGCAAGGGAUCCACCACAAAUCCAGCUACAAUAUGCAUAGCUACACCAAAUCCGAAGUCCCAAGACUUGUGCCAAUCGCGCCUGCUACUGAAGCUAAAUACCAUAUGGAGCCUGAAAAGAAGAAGUACAACUACAAAAGCAACCCUUACGUUGGAGCUCAAGCCGCUUCGAUAGCCAGAAGAAACGCCAGAGAAAGGAACCGCGUGAAACAAGUGAACGACGGUUUCAACGCGCUGAGGAAGAAACUACCGGCAUCUGUCAUCGCCGCUUUAUCUGGAGGAGCACGACGCGGUUCGGGGAAGAAGCUGAGCAAAGUUGACACUCUUCGCAUGGUCGUGGAGUACAUCAGACACCUGCAGAGUUUGUUGGAAGAAAGCGACGGAGCUAUGGGCGUGCCAAAGUCAAAUAUCCACAUCACACCAAUGGACACAUCCCUAUGCUAUGAAGACGAAGGAGUCUACGGUGGAAGUUCUCCCUACUCCGAUUCAGUGCCUUCGCCAGUCGGUUCGGAGUGUUCUUCAGGAGUGUCAGUGUAUUCAAACAACGGUUAUAUCGCAAAUAAUUAUCCAAUCAACGAACAGUUCACUGCAGUAAACGACGACGACCUACUAGACACUAUUUCAUGGUGGCAGCACAAAUAAAUUAACCUUUAUAUUGUAGUUUAGGAUUCAAAAAAUUCUAGUCAAUUCAGUGUAUAGUUUAAAACCAAUCGCGUUUUCGCUCGAUACUC